AUGUCCCGCGCGGAGACGGUGAAGGCAUCGCCUUCCGACGCCGACGGGGAGACGGAGAAAGCGCCGCCCCUGGCCUCGGGGUUGCGGCGGGGCCGCAUGCUGCGCGGCCUCGAGGUCGCCCUCGUGGUGGUUGGCCAGUGGGCUGGCUAUCUGGUGAAACCUUUCAACAAGAAGGAUGGUUCCAGCUUCACGUGCGGUCUCUGCGCCCACGAGAGCACGGGCCCGAGCCCGUAUCCCCAGGCGAGUAACGAGGACGAGUUCGGCGGAUACUGGCCGUGGAAGUACCGCACCGACCAUGGCAGCAUGAUCCGCCAGGCCACGGGCUAUUUGUGCCUGGUUUGCAAGGCCCUGUUGCGCAAGAAGGCAGGCGACUUCGAGCAUUGCCGUUGGACAUUCCACCUCCGCUCGAUCCGCAGGGGUGCCCCGCCCGGCCUAUCCUGCACGGGGCCCGACGCGACUCGAGCGGUGCUCUUGGACCCCCGCUUGCCUGGCGGCGAGAAGAAGCCGCUGAAGGAGUACAUCAAGUGGGUGCGCCAGGAUGCGGGCCGGGCGCAGACCGUGCGGCUCAAGGUGGAUGCGUGCGUCCAGAGCCAGGCGGGGAAGGACCCAGAGAAGCGCCGCCGCAUGUCCAGGCAGGCCGCGGGAGACAUCCAGCAGGCUCGCCAGGUAUCUUCCGUCAAGGUCUCCGGGCGUCGCCUGUCUACGAACUGGCAUCAAGCCUGCCCCGUGAGCAAGUGGCACGAGGCUUUCCCUGAGACGCCGCUGCCCACGGACCCGAAUUGUCGCGGCGAGGAGCUCAUCGACGGCGCCUGGCAGGAGGUUGUAUAUGUCAUGAAGGACGGCGCGAAGAAGUUCUUGUACGACAUCGCGGACUACGACGAUCGCAAGGUGGAGGACAGGACGGUGCUGGCGACUGUGGCCGAGUCAGACGACGACGCGGACGCGGCUGAGGUUGCGGCUGCUGCCGAGGCCGCCGUGGCCCCAAUUGCAGCCCUGCGGCGCGCCACGCAGUGCGCGGAGAUCGGUGCAGCAGAGAGCGCGCCGUCGGAGGGGCACCAGUCCGACUCUCCCGCGAGCGACGAGGACGCCGAAGAGACGGAUCUCGUGGCCGCGGCGCUGUCGGGCCUGAGGGGCACGGCCCGCGCCGCCAAGCCCGCGCCCAAGGCUGCGACCAAGCCGCAGGCCAGACCACCAGCCCAGACGACCGGGAGGGCUACGUCCGGGCGCCCCGCCCAGACAGCCGAGAGGCCUGCCGCCAAAGGGGCUGCCGCGCCCGCAGCCGCUGCCCCUUCGAAGUGCGCCGCGCCCUCGGCGCAGGCGCCGCCGCAGAGGUCAGCCGCCCGCGCCCCUGCUCAGACGGCCGCGCCCUCGGCGCAGCCAGCCGACGGCAGCAGCGCCAGUCCGCCCUUGGCGACCCCGCAGCGCUCGGGCCGGAGCCAGCCAGGGAAGAAGCGCGGCAGCGGCGGUUCGUGGGCCGCGCCCCUGCUCGCCCGGCCGCCCGACGACUCCGACGAGGGCGGCGGGCAGCCGGACGAGCCAGCACCUCUCGAGGACGGCUCCGCGUCGAAGAAGAGGGGGCGGAAGGCCCUCGAAUUCAGCCUCACAGCGGCCGGCAGGAAACUCAAGGGCGAGGCCGACGCGCUCUUCAACACGUUCCGGGAGUGUUACAAAUUGCUCGACUUCAGCGGAGAUGUGGACCUGUCCACGAAGGAGGGGAGAGCCCACUUCAAGGCCACGGCUUUUGAGCAGGCGGCAGCCGCAGAGAGCGCCAUCCACACGGCCAAGAAGGCAGCGGCCAAGAUGGGGAAGAUCCCGGAUGACGGCGCGCAGGCGCUGCAGAUCAACAAGGCGUGGCUGGCGCGCUCAGAGGAGGCGCUGGCCGCGGCAGUGCGGGUCGUCAAGGCUGCUGUGAGCGAGAAGCCAGGGAACACCGAGACUCUCCUGAAAGACACCGAGAUCGCCGCGGCGGAGGACAUCGCGUUCGGCGUGGCGUACCACAUGCGGUUCAGGAGCUGGAAGGCAGACGAGGCCAUCAAGCGCUGCGAUUGGUUGCAGCUGAUGUCCCUGUUGGAAAGCGGUGCUGCAGAUGGCGCGCCCUCGGCAGAUCUCGCGACGACGACCCUCGAGCGAGUCGGCACGGGCCUGAUUUCGGCCGUCGCGAAGUCGGACGCCAAGAAGGGAGGCGGAUCGUUUGCUGCCGUGGUUGCCUUCGCUGGCGCCGCGCGGGAUGCUCUCCAGCGGGCCCCCGCCGACCCUGCGCGGCCAGUGUGGGAGGAGGAGCUGAAGGGUCAAAUCCAAGUUCUCUGGGCAGUGUCGCGCGCGAGCACUGCCCCGCUGACUGAGGUGGAGGAGGCGCUGGAGGCGCUCCCGCAGCGGGAGGGGGCCUUGGGCGUCGCUUUGAACACGAGCCCGGGCGGCAAAGUCCUCGUUGGUUGGGCGGAGUCGGCCAUGAAGAAGCGGUCCCACGAGGAGGCUGCUCUCCAGUGCGCCCAGGCAGCCCGGGAGCUCUUCGCGCUGGUGACGGGCCAUGCCGCCGGGGAGCAGUGGCAGAAUUGGACCGAGGAGGUGUCGCGCGCCUGCAAGAAGCAGAAGGAGGCCGUGUCCAAGGCGGGCGCGCUGCAGGAGGCCGACCGGCACCAACUCGCCAGGGAAGGCACGGCGUUCGAGGACGUGGUCCUCGGGUUGCUCUUGCGCUCGCCCCGCGAGGAGGAGCUCCUGACUGCCGCGUGCGUCGAGCGGCUGGAGUUGGAGCACGGCUGGUCGACCGUCGAGGAGUGGGCGCCUGAUGGCAUCAAGGGCCCCCACGAGACCGCCUUCGGGGCAUUGAAGAAGAUCGCCGACAUCGCCGCGUACAGCCGUCUCGACGUACCUGGGAUGAAGCAGCCAGUGAAGACAGCCAAUCGGUUGUGCGACCUCUUGAAGGAGAGCCCCGAGGCGUUGUUGAAGGUCUCUGGCGUGACAGUGUCUGCGGAAGACAACGUAGAGGGGCUGCAGUCGCUGUUCUCCCUCGCGCUGGGCACGGCGGCGCGUUCAGCAGAACAGUCUCUGAAGCGCGUGGACUCGGCGGCGUGGCAACGGAAGGAAUUGCAGGCCUUCUUGAAUAUCUCCAAGCUGCUGAGCGCGGAGCCGCCCGAGGACACCAGGAAGGAAGCGGACAUGUGGCUGUGCAGCGUCGCGGCCGUCGCCGACGCCAAGGAGCUUGCCGAGCAGGCCGGGGGCGAGCUGAACCUGGAGCUGUGGGGGAACGCGAGCGACGCCGUGCGCCAGCUCGGGGACAUGGUGCAGCCGGAGCGCGCCUUCCAGACGGUCAUCGCGAAGACUUUCGACGCUUCUCUGGAAGAUGUGGAGGCAGCAGUGGGGGCCAGCAAGGAGCUGCACGCGCAGGCCGUGCCAUGGCUGGAGAAAGUCGCGCAGGAGCGGGCUGAACGCUCCGUCAAGCGGUUCGACGCCGAGCCAGCCGUGCGCGCCGCGAAGGAGCUUCUUGAGAGGAGCCCCAUCCCCGAGACGCUGCAGGAAGCGGCCGAGUUCUUAAAGGUUGUCGGUGGCACCGUGGACAUGCCGGAGACCUUCGGCGGCAAGGGUGGGAAGUUGGUUGAUGCUGUCAACAAGGUGAUCGGUGGCUUCUCUCUCAUAGAGGAGGUGUACCGCGACCCCCAUCUUGAGUCGCAGGUGGACUCCAUGACGUCACAGUUGCGACAGCGGCUCUUCCUGGUCGCCUGGUGCGCGAACGUGACGAUUCUGACCCAGCAGAAGCAGAAGGUCCGCGAUGCCAUGAAGAACCUCAUCAGCGUCGCAGAGGAGCCUGACAAGACGAAGGGGGAGUUCCCCGCGCUCGAGGGCCGCCUGAUCCCCGAGAUCCUUCUGAACGCGGGGAAGGCGAUCCUCGCCGGCCGCGCAGUGAGCGGGGAGAGCGAGGCGGAGGGCGCCAGCGGUGCAGCAGACAGCGCGCCUGGGAGCGGGGCCGGCGGCACUGACCAGAAAGGGUGCGCCCGGGCUGCGCCCGGGGCCGCCGAGAGGGCCAGGGUGGGCGACGCGGCGUCGUUUCCAAAGGCGACGCCGCAUUCCCCAGCGGUUCUGGCGGCGAAGAGAGCCAGCAUUGGCGGCGCCCCUGCGUGCAAGUCCGCGCGCAAGGCCGCGUAG